AUGGUCUUUUUUACUCCUGGUAUGUUCUUCACACUAUCAAAUGCCAGUGCAAUUCUGUUGGACUCGUUCAUAAGCAUCACUGAGUCAGAAUACAUCAUUGUUGAAGUAUUGGAUGACCUAGUGGUCUUCAGUUGCAUUACAACAGAUUACUCCCAUUAUACGAGUAUAAAGUUGAAUAGAGACUUCUUCAUGCAUUCUGACUUAAGACAGAAUGCAGCCUGUAAGGUGCUACUGGAAGACGAGAUUGAGUUCAGAAGGAAUAAGAUGGCAAUACCAGCACUAAAGUUCAAUAGAGCCAAUAUGAUAGACGUCAGGGUGGUAGUGGAACCAAAUUCCAUUACACUCCAUUAUACCUAUAAGGAUGGAGUUGUCUCCUGUGUUUCGUACAGUAGCAUCCAGAAUGACGUGAUUGAGGUGGAUGUGCCAUGCAACGAGAUGGCUGUGGUCGACGUCUCCUUCUUCAGGAAGAUUCUGUGCAAAUUCAAGUCGAAAUACGCUGAAAUAGAAACCAGGCAGAAUGAGCUCAUUUGGAGUGUGACUGGCACGAAAAUACGCGUCAAAACAGGGAAUCAAAUCAGGGACAUGAGGGUUGCUGUGCCCUGGAGCCAGCUAAAAAGGGUGUUCUGGUUCAAUGGCUACAAUUCAGCCCAUUUUGGGACAACUGCGGAUAAUGAGAUUGUUAAGGUUGUUUUACAGUUUGAGAGUGUUCUGGUUGAAAGCUACCUGAGUAACAAUGUGGGGUAG